AUGAGUGCGGUCAAACAGGAUACUGAGGAUGGGUCAAGUGUUUAUAAUGUUAAAUGGGUAGGCGUGGAAGGUGUUGAUUAUGCAGUUGUUAUGCAAAAUCAUAAUGGUCCGUGUCCGUUGUUAGCAGUUGUCAAUGCUCUUCUGCUUAGAGGGCAGAUUGUGUUAAAGCGCGAUUGUGUAAAGAUUAACGAAAAUGUGCUGAUUCAAUUGGUCGCAGAUUGUAUCGUUCGUCUCAGACCCGAUGAUUUAGAUGAAAGCGAAAUAUCAAACUAUGAAAAAAAUGUGUCUGAUGUGCUGACUUUAAUACCCUCUCUUUCAAAGGGCUUAGAUGUUAAUGUCUUCUUUACUGGUGUGCACAAGUUUGAAUACACAGCAGCCUGCGCCCUUUUUGAUGUUCUUAACAUACCAUUAUUGCAUGGUUGGAUUGCCGAUCCAGAAAAUCAAGAAAUGGUGCAAACAAUGGAUGGGCUGAGUUACAACCGUUUAGUAGAAAAGUUAGUUAGCGAUGGUAACGAGUACGAGAAGAGUCUGCUGCAAAGCUUUUUGGAUUCUAGUCCAUCACAGUUGACCAUAAAAGGCAUUUUAGAUUUGCAAUCAAGGCUUAGAGAUGGGGAAAUUGCUGUACUUUUUCGGAAUAAUCACUUUCACACGCUCUCAAAGAAUAAGAAUGUCUUAUACGUAUUAGUCACAGACAGUGGCUUUUUGACUGAGACCGAAAUUAUGUGGGAAACUUUGGAAAGCACAGAUGGGAAUUGCGUUUUAGUGGAUGCUUCUUUCAAUAUGCCGCAUCAUACCAGUUCCUUUGUUAGCGAAACAGCUGAGUAA